GCGCAACACUUGAGCUGGAGUGCGGGGCGCGUGUCACACACACACUGAACUGCCACUGACACCAGAGACACAGCGAGUGGGAACCCCCUGCUACUACAGGACUAGGAGAAAAGCCGCACAGCCUGCAGCGCCGCGACCCGACUCACCUGCUGCUCCCGGAGCCACAAGCCUGGCGCACAAGAUGGUGCUGCUGAAGUGCGAAUACCGCGAUGAGGUGUCGGAACUGACCUCUGUCUCCCCCUGCUCCGUGUCCUCCUCCUCUUCACACCCGUCCCCGGCGAUGCAGACGUGCAGCUCGGACGAUGAGCAGCUACACAGUCCGACAAGCCCGACGCUCACGCACCUGCAGCAGGGACGGGACCAGGGGGAGGAGAACAGCCCGCGAUGCAGGAGGAGCCGAGCCCGCGGAGACACCGUGCUGAAGAUCAAGAAGACCCGGCGCGUUAAAGCCAAUAACCGCGAGAGGAAUCGCAUGCACCACCUGAACUAUGCGCUCGAUUCUCUGAGGGAGGUUCUACCGUCAUUACCCGAAGACGCCAAACUCACCAAGAUAGAGACCUUGCGCUUUGCCCACAACUACAUCUGGGCUCUUAGCGAAACUUUGCGCCUGGCCGACCAGCUGCACGGAUCUACUUCCACCCCAGCAGCAGCCAUAUUGGUACAGGACUCCUAUCCUUCCCUGAGCCCCUCCUGGAGCUGCAGCUCGUCCCCAUCCUCCAACUCUUGCGACUCCUUCUCCCCGACCAGCCCUGCCAGCUCCACCUCGGACAGUAUUGAGUACUGGCAGCCCUCUGAGCUCCGCUUGAACCCCUUCAUGUCUGCCCUUUGAACGCACAGGACUAUGGGUGAUUUUAACUUUUUACACUUUAAAUUCCUGCUUCCCAUAAGGGUCAAGUACUGCAGGGGUUACAUAUCAAGUUUACCUCAGGGGGGCCCACAGCAAAUUCUUUUCCUGGGCCCUAAAAUGUCCUCUGAAUUUGAGCCCAUAUAGUGCAAUGGUAUAACCCUGCAAUGGUAUAAUCCAGCAAUGGUAUAAUCCUGCAUCGUUACCUAAUUGUACUUUGUGGGGUCUGCUGAUGGGGGACAAGUGUUUGACCUGUGUCCAGAGUUUCACAUUUACUCCCCCUUUUGGUAUAUCUCUGGCAGCAACACUUGCUGUGUCUGUUUCAUCGUUAGCUAUGUGUAUUAGGAAACUGUCUAUCCCUCAUCUGCACCUGUUAGACUACAGCUACCAACUUCCUGUUACCAGGGGGCUACUGGGUAAUGUAGUUC